CUUCCAAGGGCCUCAGGCAGUCUCCUGUGCCGCAUGUCACCAGAGACUCUUUUUCAGGGCGUGACUGGCAAUAUGAAGACAGCUGCCAGCAAUGUCCUGGUGGCUCUGGCUCGGACGCACUUCACCUUGGUGAUGGCCGAGCUCCAGAGCCACCUGAAGGCCACGGGGGACAUGUGCAAGGAGUUUGUGCUCGUCACCCUGAGCAAACUCUUCAGCACCUAUGCUCCGCAGUGCAUCCCCUUCGUGUGGCUGAUGCUGGCCGGCCUGCGCAGUGUGGUGGGCCAGGUGAGGAGUGGCCAGACCCUGCGCAUCGCUUGUGCUGUUGUGAAACAGUGGCUGGAUGGAUUGAAGAUUCACUUGUCCUCUGGAAUGCAAUGCCCCUGGCCUGCCAUGGAGAAAGAGCAGAUCUAUGAGAACCUUCACGAGCUGCUCUUCUCUGUGCUGAGGAACUGGCAGGACUGCCAGGAGGAGGAGGACAAACAGGCCGUCCUCGGGGCUGUGGCUGCCAUGUUGGCUGUUCUCCUGCAAGAGGAGCUGCACCGAGAGCACGUCUGGGAGCAGCUCCUCUGGCUUGUGCACCCGUGUCAGGAGAUCCAAGACACCUGCAGGGUGGCCAAGGUGAGACGCUGUGCAGGGCUCAGGGUGGAUAUGGGGCCAGUGCAAGUGCCAUGAGAGGUCAGGGGGAUGCAGGGAGGAGGUGGAGAGCCCUUGGAGAAAGAAGGAACGGGUGUUCAAGGGAGGUCUGAGGCUUCCUCAGCUCUUCAGUCAAAGAAGGAACGACCCAGACAGGAGCCAGGAGGGAGCCAAGAGUCACUGGGGCUCAUCUCCUGGGGAUGGGAGGCUUCAUCACCACCACCGUGGGGCUCUGAGUGCCUGAGGAGCUCUGUGCUAACGAGUGGUGGGACCACAUCCAGUUGCGUCUGAUGGGG